GACAUAAAACUGGGCUGACCGCACGCACUAAACCUCUCUGGCUCUGCCAAGCACACGUUUGUCUCUGCAGUCUGAGUCACUGCGCUUCUCUGGAAAGCCUCCUGCGGUUUGGAUGUCUGUCAGCAUCUGUUUUCAUCGCUGUUUCCUGACUAAAGCAGUGUUUUGCAUACAGGUGGAGACAAGGGGAAAAUGUCAGAGGACCAAGUUACGAUGGAGAUGGGGAUAAAUGGAGCCUCCAAAGCUUCUGGUUUGAACCACCAGUCGCACGGCGCCACCGUCAGUUUCCACAGUAUUCACUACAAGGUGAGACAAGGAGGAGGAUUUUUUUGCCGGAAGAAGGCCACGACCAAAGAUAUCCUCAUCGAUCUCAAUGGGCUCAUGAAGCCGGGUCUGAACGCCAUUAUGGGAGCGACAGGAAGCGGCAAGUCAUCGUUUCUGGAUGUUCUGGCAGCUAGAAAGGACCCUGCAGGCCUGACAGGAGAGGUCCUGAUUGACGGAGCUCCUCAGCCCCCGAACUUUAAGUGUCUGUCUGGCUAUGUGGUUCAGGACGAUGUGGUGAUGGGGACUCUGACAGUCAGAGAAAACUUCACCUUCUCUGCGGCCCUGCGGCUCCCAUCGAGCAUCAGUCAGAAAGAGAAAAAGCAGAAAAUUAACAGGCUGAUCGAGGAGCUGGGACUGGGCCGAGUGGCUGACUCCAAGGUGGGCACUCAGCUGAUUCGUGGGAUUUCCGGCGGCGAGAGGAAGAGGACAAACAUCGGGAUGGAGCUGAUCAUUGACCCGCCCGUCCUCUUCCUCGACGAACCCACCACAGGCCUCGAUGCCAGCACGGCCAACUCUGUGCUGCUGUUGCUCAAGAGGAUGGCAAACCAUGGUCGCACCAUUAUCCUCUCCAUCCAUCAGCCUCGAUACAGCAUCUACCGCCUCUUCGACAGCCUCACCCUGCUAGUCAACGGCCAUCAGGUUUAUCAUGGCCCAGCACAGAGUGCACUGGACUACUUCUCAGACAUCGGAUACACCUGUGAACCCCACAACAACCCUGCUGACUUCUUCUUGGAUGUCAUCAAUGGAGACUCGACCGCCGUCGCCCUCAACAGUGGGAAAACAGGUUCAGAUCUAGAUCUAGAUUCAGAAUCAGUAUCAAAGUCCAGAAGAGGGAUUGAGGAGAAACUGGUGGUGGAGUACAGAAACUGCCAGUACUUCAGACAGACCAAAGAAGAGCUGGAGAGGAUCGUCCAAGGAAAGAAGGUGAUCACUACUACUCCCUUCAGAACCAUCACCUACACCACCGGCUUCUUCACGCAGUUCAAAUGGGUUCUCAAGAGGACAUUUCGCAACCUCAUGCUCAACCCGCAGACCUCCAUUGCUCAGAUAGCAGUAACGCUCUUCCUCGCCCUGAUUGUUGGGGCCCUCUUCUUCAAUGUCCAGAAUGACUCCAGUGGAAUUCAGAACAGGACCGGUGCACUCUUCUUCGUCGUUGUGAAUCAGUGUUUCAGCUCCCUGUCGGCUGCCGAGCUCUUCAUCACAGAGAGGAAAAUCUUCACGCACGAGUACAUCAGCGGUUACUACAGGGUAUCGGUCUACUUCCUGUGUAAAAUCCUGUCUGACAUCAUCACACUGAGGACCAUCCCUGCUAUAGUCUUCACCUGUGUGGCAUACUUCAUGAUUGGUCUGAAGCAGACAGUCGGGGCCUUCUUCCUCUUCAUGUUCACCGUCGCUCUGUGUGCCUACACAGCCACCUCCAUGGCUUUCGCCAUCUCAGCUGACCAGACGGUGGUGGCCAUCGCCAACAUCUUCAUGACAAUCACCUGUGUCUUCAUGAUGAUCUUUGCAGGACUGCUGGUGAACAUCCCCUCCAUUGUCAGCUGGCUCGCUUGGUUAAAAUACUUCAGUAUACCCAGAUACGGCCUCAGUGCUCUGCAGGCGAAUGAGUUCACUGGUCUGGAGUUCUGUGACCAACAAAAUACCACGAUCAACCAAACAAGCUGUUUUUCAGGGGAGAAGGUUCUGCAGGAACAGGGCGUGGAUUACUCCACUUGGGGCCUCUGGCAGAAUCACUUGGCCUUGGCCAUCAUGACCAUCUGCUUCCUCAUCAUUACGUAUCUGAAACUGCGCUUCAUCAGGAAGUUCACCUAGACCUUCAGCUUCAGCUCAGGAAUGUUGGUCCUGGAUGUUUUUGUAGAUGUGGAGUUGGAUUUUUUUUUUUCUAAGUUCAGGUUCAGUUUUUGGUUGUAUUUCAUCUAUUCAGGCUCUAAAUAAAGAUCUGUAAUUAUAUAUUUUUUUUGUGAAAUUAUGUUUAUGAAGAUCUUUAUAAAACAGUGAUUAUUUAUUCACUCCUUACUAAUUUUGUAUCACUGAAGUGUAUCAUUGCCUCAACUGUAUCAUAAUUUUUGCACUUUAAAGUUCAGCUUCACAAAUACAAGAAUUUUAUAUUU